UACUGGGACAUGUCUCCAUGCUUUAAUGAUCAAAUAGCUCUUUAUUUUAGCCAAUAGAAGCACAUGUUUUAAAUGUUACGGAAGUAAGCAAAGGGAAGCGUUUCAGGCUGGGUGUAAACUUUGGGAUAGGCUUCGUAUUUACAUAAACAAACACUAAAUAACACGCUACAGGAAAGGGUAAUCCACAAAAAGCAUAAUAGGGAAAGUAAAUCUGAGUAGAAUCAGGUAAACAAGAGAAAACAAAUUCACAUUAAACACGUUCAAUUAAAAACUGUAACAUAAAUGGACUUACGAUGGUUUGGAUCCGUAUGUUGCAACUUGUUUUUGUUAAUCAGGUUUAACUGGUUUAACUCUCUCUCUCUCUCUCUCUCUCUCUCUCUCUCUCUCUGCAGAAUAGAAACGGUGGACUUUCCCUCCUUCGUUCGAGUUCUUGCUAAUUUCCGUCCGACAGAAACCAACAGAGCCAGAGACUACAGCAGGAACAGGAAACUCAAAUUUGCUUUCCAGUUGUAUGACCAAGACAGAGAUGGAAAGAUUUCCAGAGAAGAGCUUCUUCAGGUUCUGCGCUCGAUGCUGGGGACGCAGGUAACGGAGAAGCAGCUGCAGAGCAUCGCUGAACGAGCCAUCCAGGAGGCGGACCUCGACCAAGACGACGCUAUCUCCUUCGACGAGUUCAAAAAGUCACUGGAGAAAGUAAACAUCGAACAGAAGAUGAGCAUUUGCUCCCUGAGAUGAAGACAUGACGAGCUGCUAUUUACAGAUUUUCCUGGUUUGCAUUUAAAAGAAGAUGGUCUACUCCUGUUUGUUUUGUCUCUAAAAACUGAGAGA